UGGAGAGAAGCAGAAGGAGGAGUGGGGGAAAAAGAGAAAGAGAAGCAGCAGCAGCAGUAGCAGCAGCAGCAGCAGCAGCGGGGCGGAGGAGGCCAUCCCGUGAAUGAUGAACACUCCAGUGGAUGCGCGUAACUUCUGACAACCUGAGAGAUUAUUUUCUCCAAGGCGAUUUUUUUUUAAAAAAUUUUUUGCAAGCCUACUUGUGCGCUCAGCAACAGUGUAGCUCCGGCUGAGGGAGGAGAUGUGGUGAUAUCAUGAGCAUAGCCGGCCAGGGGCAGAGAGACAGAGAGACAGAGAGGAAGAGAGAGAGAGUGGGAGAGGGAGAGGGAGGGAGGAAGAGGGAGCAGAGGGAGGAGAGGCGGGGAGUCGGCUAUCACCAAACCAGCUGAGGAUGCUUGUUGUUUCUAGAAACAGGAUUAAUCACCGGGCCGAGCGCUGAUCGUACCCCGGCACACCGAGCGCACCUCUCCCCGCUGCAGCUGUCCUGACCGCGGGCGCAUUUCGCCUGUCUGGCCCGGUCUGCCCGAGGCUGUUUGCCUUUUUGAUGCUCUCCCCCCUCUUCCUCUAUUUCCUGAUGCAGGGCCGGGGAGGGGGUGAGCCAAAGUGUGCACCGGAUAUUGGAAAACCCAUUCUUCUUGCUGAUGCUGUUGUGAUAAUAGAUUAUUAUCUGGACAACGCCGCGUCUGCACAGGAAGGCAGAUCCUGACCAAACGGGGCCUGGCUUGAGGAAAAAAAAAGGGCGAAUUAUGAAAACAUUUUCGGACGGUAGCAGCAGCGAGGAGGGGGGUCCCUGAUAUCGAUCAGAGAAUGGAUUCAAUCAGGGCAUUCUGACUUGGGAUAUUUGAGACUCUGCUCCAACAGAAAUCAAUCUGUGGCAAAUGUAGCCUUCCUGUCCAGGUCUGAAUGAGAUUUUUUUUUUCUUUUCUGCUCCACUUUUGUCCAGCUGCAUAAGCUAUAUAGGAUCAAUCAGCUUUAAACUACUGUUAUUUAUAGCAGGGGUGGGUUUGAUGUACUAUUCACUGGCUCCGGCCAAACCUCACAACGUCCCUUUCUUUGCUGAUCUUUUCUACCUUCCCUCUGAAUGAUGCUGCUGUAGUGAAAGAGACACAACCCGGUACUGGAAAAUACUUUAUUCUAGGCCUUAUAGAGUGGAAACUCCCAGCACGGACCUGACCGCAUGACAAACAAGUGCAUGGGAGUAGCCUGCAGGGCCCGGCUUUAGAUCACGACCAGUCCUCCGCACCUCCUCUCCUCUCCUCUCCUCUCCUCUCCUCUCCACCGCCGACUGUGAUGUGCGUUACGGCAUUACGCACGGAGCAGCACCGAGCACUAUCUUGAUCUGCCUUAUAUCAGGAAUAGGAAUUUCAUCUCGGGAAGGAUGAGCAGCAAGGAGCUGACGGUGGGCCAGUCCAGCCAGUACGUGGGGCCUUACAGGCUGGAGAAGACCCUCGGGAAGGGACAGACAGGGCUGGUGAAGUUGGGUGUCCACUGUAUAACAGGACAGAAGGUGGCCAUAAAGAUUGUCAACAGAGAGAAACUCUCUGAAUCAGUUCUAAUGAAGGUGGAGAGAGAAAUAGCUAUUCUUAAACUAAUAGAGCACCCCCAUGUUCUGAAGCUGCAUGAUGUCUAUGAGAAUAACAAAUAUCUGUACCUGGUUUUGGAGCAUGUGUCUGGCGGAGAGUUGUUUGACUACCUGGUGAAGAAGGGCAGGCUGACCCCCAAAGAGGCCAGGAAGUUCUUCAGACAAAUCAUCUCUGCCCUCGACUUCUGCCACAGUCACUCCAUAUGUCACAGAGACCUGAAGCCAGAGAAUCUUCUCCUGGAUGAGAAGAACAACAUCAGGAUAGCAGACUUCGGCAUGGCCUCGCUACAAGUCGGAGACAGCCUGCUGGAAACCAGUUGUGGAUCCCCGCAUUAUGCUUGCCCAGAGGUCAUAAGGGGGGAGAAGUACGAUGGUCGCAGGGCAGAUGUUUGGAGUUGUGGAGUCAUCCUCUUUGCUCUUCUUGUGGGUGCCUUGCCCUUCGACCACGACAACCUGCGGCAGCUUCUAGAGAAAGUGAAGAGCGGAGUGUUCCACAUGCCCCACUUUAUACCUCCUGACUGCCAAGCUUUGCUGAAGGGGAUGAUAGAAGUCAACCCUGACAAGAGACUCACGCUAGAAGCAAUACAGAAACACGCCUGGUACCAGAGUGGUCGUAAUGAGCCUUGCCCAGAGCAGCCGCCUCCUCGCCGUGUGUGUGUGAAGAGGAUCCUGUCCUUAACAGAGCUGGACCCUGACGUGCUGGAGAGCAUGUACUCUUUAGGGUGCUUCAGAGACCGGGUCAAACUCACACAGGACCUUACAAGUGAGGAGGAGAACCAGGAGAAGAUGAUCUACUACCUCCUGUUGGACAGGAAGGAGCGAUACCCCAGCUGUGAGGACGAGGAUCUGCCACCCAGAAAUGACGUUGACCCGCCCAGGAAGCGUGUGGACUCCCCCAUGUUGACACGCCAUGGCCGCUGUCGUCCAGAGAGGAAGAGCCUGGAAGUCCUCAGUGUCACAGAACAGGGGUCUCCCACGCCACCUCGCAGGGCCCUGGACACUAAUGCACACAGCCAGAGGUCUCGUUCAGUCAGCGGGGCUUCCACAGGUCUGUCCUCCAGUCCAAUCAGCAGUCCCAGGAGCCCGGUCUUCACUUUCAGCCAAUCAGAAGUCACCUCCGCUUCCUCCUCCAAAGACCCCAAACCAGGAAGUGCUUCCACCUCUCGGCCUACCCGCCCAACGCCUGACCCAAAAACCCAGACCCUGCCCUCAAAGGGCCCCGCUGAACGGCCCCAGCUUCACUCCAUGAAGUCCCUCCCUCUUCAGGCUCCACGUUCCCCUUCCCCAUCUCCAUCCCCGCUCCUCUCCCCCAUCCCACGCUUCUUCAACUUCCCCUCUCCAUCUGUCUUCAAGUCCAAGAACGUCCACUCGUCCUCUAACUCCUCUGCCACCCCUCCUCCUGUUUCGCAGGUCACGCCACAGGGCUCACCGCUACCCACCCCACUGGGCACGCCUGUGCACCAAAUCCAACACCCUUCCUCCACCACCCCUCCCUCCUCUUCCUCGUCGUCUUCUUCUUCCAGAGCAGACGGAGCCGGCGGGGCAUCUCUGUCGCUGACCCCGCCCUCCAGCCCGGGCGGCAGUGGCGGGAUGGCCGCCUCAAGCUCCGCCCACUGGAGAACAAGGCUCAACUCAUUCAAAAACAACCUGCUGGGCUCGCCGCGCUUCCAUCGGCGCAAACUGCAAGUCCCUACAUCAGAGGACAUGUCCAGUUUGACUCCAGAGUCCAGUCCAGAACUGGCCAAGAGGUCCUGGUUUGGGAACUUCAUCAGCCUGGAGAAAGAGGAGCAGAUCUUUGUUUUGAUUCGAGACAAGCCGCUCAGCUCUAUCAAGGCUGACAUCGUCCACGCCUUUCUGUCCAUCCCGUCCCUCAGCCACAGCGUGGUGUCUCAGAACAGUUUCCGGGCAGAGUACAAGUCCUCUGGUGGCCCCUCUGUCUUCCAGAAGCCUGUCAAGUUUCAGGUGGACAUUGCUUUCUCCGAGGGAGAGAGAGAGCGAGAGAGGGAACGAGCGGAGAGGGAAGGAAGAAGGGAGAUGGGCAUCUACAGCGUCACCUUCACUCUAAUAGCAGGUCCCAGUCGCAGAUUCAAAAGAGUGGUGGAAACCAUUCAGGCUCAGCUCCUGAGUACUCAUGAUCAGCCCUCUGUGCAGGCACUGGCUGAUGAGAGGAACGGUCAGCUUUCCCGCCAGCCCAGCACUCCUUCGCGCCAGAACUCUCGGCGUUCUGAAAGUGGAUCGGAUCGGGAGCGGGGAGAGAGGGAGCGUGCAGCGGAUGGGGGGAGCGGAAGUGGGAGCAGCAGUAGCACCGUCUUACAAAGGCGAGGGUCAGGGAAGGACAAGACCAGACUCCUCUCAUCGUCAAACGGGACCCAGUCUCAUCCCUGAGAAGAAUGUUGUGGAAGAGAGGCCUUUCUCUCUUCCUUCCCUCCGUCCUUCCCACAUUGUUUCCUUACCUGUUUCCUUACUUCCUGCCUUGCUUCCUACCAUUACUCCCUAGCAAUGGGAUGGAGGAGGGGGAAGUUUUUCCUUGAAGCUGAUCUGAGGAUAUGACGGAGGAUUCCCUGCAAAUGGCUGAUUCUAGCAGAAAUGGCGGACACAGGUCGAGCUGAUCUCUAGUCAGCCUUCAAGGGCAGCUUCACCCCAGAGGGACGAGGCUAAAGACAGGAUGUCCGAACAGUCCCACCUUACCAGAGAAAUACAUGAAAAAGCUCACAGCCGGGGAAACACACGGUUCACCCACUCCGACCAAUCAAAGAAAGCACAUUACCUUCCCACCGACCAAUCACAUGCAACACGUGGUUCAAAUGUGACAGAAAACGUCCCGUCAGUUAGUCAAAAUGGUACAGGAAGAUGCUGGCCAAUUACAAAGCACUUCAAUGCAUUCUCAUCUAUCAUUUCCUGUCCAGCCAAAUGUCGCCUGGAUCAUCAAGUCUCCUGAGCACCACCUGACCAAACACGAUGAGUCACAUGACCAGAAACCUGCUCUCCUCUCUUCUCGUCACUUUCUAAUUGAAAACAAAUGUGUAAUUCGCAAGCAAAGCAACAACACGAUGAUGUCUUUUGACAAAAAGAAUGAGCGAGACCCGAUUUAGACAUGAUACAAAUAAUGAGCAACCUUAAUGUUGUACUCUAAGAGAGCGGAGGAAAGCAAGAAACAGAAAUAACGGAGAAUGGAUCUGAGGUGGUCUACGUAAUGUAGGCCUACAGCUAGGUGAAAAUCAAAAUAAAAUGGACACAACUAUUCCUUGAGGGUAUGAGAAACAACGAAGUCCCACAAUUAUUUCUGAAUUAAACUGAUAAAGCUAUGAUACCAUAUUGCCUUUAACGGAGGAGGAAAAAGCGGAUAGCUAGUUAGAUUUAGCCCCAUUUUCAGGACACUAGUCACACCACAGGUAGAAUCUCUCACAAGUAAAUACUCCCACUGGAAGAAAGGGAGAGGAAUAGAUAGAGAUGAAACAGAGGAUAGCUAGCAACGUGUAUCCGUGUGGUUGCAAAGGAAUGACAAAAGAACAAGUUGCCAAAAGCCUCUUCAGCUCACUUUGAGAUGAUGAUGAAAGUCUUUUGUUUUGUUAAAGGAUUAGUUGUAGUCUAUCUUAAUACAACAUUGAUAUACCAUGUGCACAAUGAAAGAGUUAUUGUAGUUUUUCCUGCUGUACAUACUGGCUGUGAAAGAUAAGGGACACAAUCCACAACCAUUGUUCCGUGCAAAAUUGCGUUAUAAUUUUCAGCCUCAGCUAAGAUGAGGCUUCAGCUGUCUUAAGAUUCACUAAACCCCUCCUCUGUAAAGCAGUUGUCCAAUCAUAUCUUAGCAACCAAGACUAGGGACAGCAGGCCUGUUAAACCUUGGAUUUCUUAUGAGACAUACUCUUUUUUUUCUUUGUUUAGCAUGGUAGAUUUAAGACCACUUUAUAAGGUUCUCAUUUUAAAACAAUUUUGAGUUUUCAACCAAUUCGUGGCGCUAAUGAUAGCCUAAUUAGCUAGCUAGCUACAUGGUAGCUAAUGAUAUAGUGAGUGAGACAGAACAUGAUAAAUGUUUAUGUAAACACUGAAAACAAAUAUAAUAUUAUAAAUAUUAUUUUAGUUCUGGUAAAACCAGGACAAUUUGAGACAUUUUAGUGUUUUACAGAUAUUUGUCGGGAAUCGGGAAACCCACCUUGAAACCGGGACAGUCCUGGACCAACCAGGGCCAUAACUUACAACUAAGGAAGUGCCUGAAAACCAAACAAACGUUGAUGUAUAAUGUCACGAAUGUCAGCCAGAGUUCGUUGUUAAGGGUAAUUAAUCCCAAACUUAACAAAUAUAGUGCUAUAUAUAGACAUCUCUACCAUCAUUCCUAUAAGAGCAGUGCUCAUGGAUUGUUCCCAGAUGUUUACCCCCACUGUUCGCCAUAUUCGAAGUGGUUUGUUAACACGUGAGGGUAAAUAUAAAAAAUUCAAAGUUUUUUUGAAUUGGCUAAAUCUCCUGUAUUAGUGUCAAUGGUGAAUUCUAUUCAACUAGCGAUUGUGGCUUAACUGCCAUGUUGCCAGUGGCCUGUCAACACCUGUUUAGUUAUUUCUGCCAGGUGGAGGAUACCAUAGCUGCCAGAAAGUGCCAAUAUUUCUGAUUCAGAUUUACAACUAGAAAAUUACAUUUCAAAUAUAUGCUGCAGAUGAGGCACAAGACUCGGACUGCUAAAACUUCAUAUUAACAACAGCUAAACUUUUGCGUUGUUCAAUUGUUUUGUAUCUUAUCUCUUGUCAGGAAGGGAUCACUUCAGAGCCAGUAUGGAGAGGAUAAGUGAUUACAGUGACCAAUAGCUCUUUCAGUGUAUAUAUUGGCAUGUGAGUAAUGUAUUAAGAAUGAUUUGAACCUGUCUUUUAACUGAGAUGAAAACUAAAAGCCAUGAAAUUACAGUACUUGGAAACGUGGAUAGAAAAUAGAGAAGCUGGUCGAACCGGACAACCCAGUGUUUAAUCUUUGUAGACCCACAAUUAGGCAACCAAAACCCUUCCCAUGUUCCUCUUAGACAAUAGAUGCAGAACGGUGCAGGGCUUACCAAAGCCCCAACAAAAGCCUCAAGAGGAGAAGAACAAAAAAUGUAGAACUUUUCACAAGAGGGAAAUUGAGAAAAAAAAGAAAAAGGACGGGGUUGUGUCUUUUGUCAUAAAGACUCUGCACACAUGCCUGGAGAGAGGGGAAACGGGGAAAUCGAGCCACACAUGAAGAAUGAAAUUUUUGCUUGUUUGUCUUUUCUUUUUUUUUUAACUUUCCAUUCCUUUUUCUUUGUCUCUGCUCUGGUCCUUCUGUGUUUUUUAAAUGUUUUUGUGUGUGUGCCACCAGCAAAAUCAAAAUAGAGGGUGGCGCCAGCCAUGUGAAUGUCAAAAACUUUUUGAAAUAAUUGCAAAAGUGUAAACAUAUUUUUGUUCCAUAUAUUUAUUGAAAAUGUAUUUAUUUAUCUAUUUAUUUAUUUGCCAUGUAUUUGUUUAAAGUGUGAUUUUUUUUGUUUGUUUUUAUUCGUUUUUUUUGUAUGAAAGGAACAGCGAGAGAUUGGUGAAGACAGGGAAAUGUAACUUUCAAGAUGUCUGACACUGCAGAGCAAACCAGCUUUACCUGAGAAAAACAGAAAAAUAAUUCCUACCUUUUUUUUUUUUCUUUCUUUUUUUUUUUUAACUGAUGCUUCAAAAAUACACUCCAGCCAACCACCAGCAGGUCAAAGUUUUCCCUCAUCCAGUGAAAUAUCUCAACAUCUGCUGGAUGAAUUUGCACAACAUUCAUGUUCUCCUAUACUUCUGACUUUGGGAUCAUCUGACUUUUGGUUUAGCUGAGUUGUCAGGUCAAAGUUUUGAUUUGUCCACUACUUUUGAUUUAUGAUCAAAUACUGCAAAACUAACAUUUCCAUUAGCCUCAGAUGCACUUUUUGUUUAGAGCUAACUGGGAAAUGUUAUCAUGCUAACACACUAAACUAAGAAGGUGAACAUGGCAAAACAUUAUACUACUAAACAAUAUCAUGUUAGCAUUGUCUAUUUGAGCAUGUUAGCAUACUGUUGUUUUAGCUCUAAGCAUAACUGUGUCUCACAGAGCUGCUAGCAUGGCUGCAGGCUUUUAGACAUGUUCAGAAGUGAUAGACGUGGGCCUGUGUGAGGUACUUAUACAUAGUCAGUGUAUUACCUGCAGUAGUUUGGAGAAGUAGACACGCUUUAUUUUGAAUAUUUUCACCACUUUCCUUUGGAACUACAUUUCCUCAACCAUUGAACUACGUAUUCCUACGCACCAGCAUACUUACACUUAGCUCUUUCUGACUCAAACAGCUGUGUGCGCUGUAGGUGCGCUUGUGCGUAGGAAUACGAUAGUUCAAAAUAAAGCAUACACUUAUUACGUUUUUUCAGUGGGCAUUUUUUUAAUGCUUACCCCGUCCACUCUACUUCCACAAGUGUCUACUUCUCCAAUCUGGCAGCACACCGAUCUGAAUCUACUACAGGUAGUACACCGACUAUGUGUAAGUACCUCACACAACCCCACAUCAUAUAACCUGAACUAUUAUUUUAAAUGAUUCAUGAACAGCGACUGCAAACACAAAUGUAUUUUCCUGUCAUUUUCAUUCCCAGUGAAACAGUCAGUGUUCAUUCAUGCAUACCAGCACCCCGCUGAAGCCAUUACACAUUCCUAAUUGACUUUCAAUAGUGUUUUCACUCACUCUGCGCACUUAACUGAAUCUUAAAUGACCAAGAAUGGAGUGAAACACUCAUUUGCAGUUUCAGCUGCCAGUUUCUGUACUUUCUCAGUCUUUCACAAAUUCCUGGAAAGCUGGAAAAGGUGGUUACAAAUUGUCAGUCAACAUCCUAGACUGAGUUUACACAAGGGAUUAACAUCCAAAUACAAACUGGACUCUUCAGAUAAGCAUCACGCCCUUAGGUGAGGUUUUGGUAUGCAAUAGUUUUUGAGAGCUUUGGGAAGUUUGCCUGUUCCUCUUGACAGUUUUGUGCUUUUCAGUUGCACAGCACCCUCAGUUGUUAAGUCUGUGCUGGGUUUUAACAUUACAUGUACAUGUGUCUUUUCCCCUCUUGUGUAAUUGGAGGCUUUCUGUUCCCAUCCUGGCGCUCGAAGAAGGCCCCCUUAGGAGAAUCUAGCAGUGAGGUGCACACAUUGGAAAGGUCAAGAGGUCAGGGAGCUUUAAAGUUACACACACACACACACACACACACACACACACACACAUACACGACAGAGAGUGUUUCGUCAUGGUCUUUUGUUUUUUUUUAACACGAGGUCAGAGUCAACUUCACCUACAUCCACUUUUAGAAAGAGAGAAUCUAGUUUCAAGGAUAGAAAUGGGAAGAAAGCAGAAGAGGAAACAAGGCUGCUCCAGAGUUUGCUCCGCUCAGAUUCAAAAUCCAUUCAAAGACGCAACGGGACCCUCACCACAUUUGUGGUUGAGAGGCCCCCCCCCCCUACUCGCUAAACUCUCCUAUUGAAAGAGAUCUCACCGCUUCAUCCCUCACCCCCCCUUCACUCCCCCAUUCAGCCAUUCACUUAACAUUUGCUACUACCCCCAUUCCUCCUCUUUGUACCUCUUGAAUCCUGCUCCACACCCAUCCUCGUCCCAACUGCACAUAUCUCACCCCCUUAUAUAAUCAGCACACCCCCACCCCUCCCCUCGUAUACAUUUUAUACACUGUAUACUUCAACGCAGAUGCUGUGUACAUUUGUAUACACUGUAUGCCUGUCUCUGUCUCCAUUGUAUGCCAUUCAUAUCUAUGUAGCAUUCACUAUCUUUUAUCAUCAUUGUAGUCACCGUACCACUCUUCUUCUCAUCAUUAUUGCUCAUUCUUCCUCUGCAGAUAGAAUUAUACGACUAUAAUCUCUUGUCUCCCGCCCAGGUGCCCCUUCGCCCCGUGCCCUGCCACACCCACAUCCACGACCACCCCCUCAUCUCGUGACCCUCCACUCCACACUGUAGAGAACGUUUUUUUUUUCACUCUGGAGAAAUUCAUGAUGUCAGAAAAAAAACUUGAGGGAGGAGCAGGUGUGUGGGGGAGGGUGGGUCGAGAAAAACCGCUAACAAAAUAAAUGAUGACAACAACGACGAAGAGAAAUGUCUGUAGUAUAAUUACAAAAAAGGAAAAGUGCACUAUUAUGACAAUGAUUAUUAUUGCCUGUGAGAAAUACUGACCAAUAAACAACAAUGGAAAUAUA